UUUCAAAAGCAUGACCUCAUCCUUAGUUCAUUUUUAGUGCUAAAGUGCACCUUCUGUUUUCCUGGAUCACUAAUACCCUGUAAAUGCAGAUUGCUUAUCUCUCCGGUCUAAACCAACCACAGUGUCCCGCACACAAGGGAAAUAAUUGGUGCCAUUCCUAUUUGUGUUUUUUUUCUGCACUGGAAUUUCUAACGGCACAAUAAACGCAGUGCAGCUGACUACUCCUGUCAACCCGCGUACAGUAGCUCGCCUACCCAUGCUUUGUAAACAUACCUAAAACAGCGUUUAUUUUGGGGUUUCGAGUCUCAUAUGGAAAUUAGCAUAACACAAUCAAGUAACUGCGGAAAAGGAGGGUCCCAUGGAUGCCCCGAGCCCCAGAUCUUCACCGGUCCCACGUCUGUGAUCCCUUUUCCUCUCCGUCCCCUCCACGUGACCCCAGCGUGACCCCGCCCUCCACGGCAACCAUGGCCGGGGAGAAGGAGAGGGGCCGGCGCAAGGCGAUGGACGCCCAGCGAUUGGCCGCGCUGCUGCAGCGAGGGGCGGGGCGCGCGCUGGUGAUCGACAGCCGCACCUUCUCCGAGUACAACGCCCUGCACGUGCUCAGCUCCGUCAACGUCUGCUGCUCCAAGCUGGUGAAGAGGAGGCUGCAGCAGGACAAGGUGUCCGUCACCGAGCUCCUGCAGCCCAACAGCAAGGCCAAGGUGAACCUGUGCAGGAAGCAGGAAGUGGUGGUGUACGACCAGAGCACCAAGGACGCCAGCCUCCUGUCCAAAGACAGCUUCCUCUCCAUCCUGCUGGGCAAGCUGGAGGGCAGCUUCCAGCAGGUGUUCCUGCUCACAGGGGGGUUUGCGGCCUUCUCUUCCUGUUUCCCAGGCCUGUGUGAGGGCAAGCCGGCCACCAUCCUUCCCAUGAGCCUCUCCCAGCCCUGCCUGCCCGUGGCCAACGUGGGCCCCACCCGCAUCCUGCCCCACCUCUACCUGGGCUCCCAGAAGGACGUGCUGAACAAGGACCUGAUGGCGCAGAGCGGCAUCACCUACGUGCUGAACGCCAGCAACACCUGCCCCAAGCCCGACUUCAUCUGCGAGAGCCACUUCAUGCGCAUUCCCGUCAACGACAACUACUGCGAGAAGCUGCUGCCCUGGCUGGAGAAGACCAACGACUUCAUCGACAAGGCCAAGGUGUCGAACUGCCGAGUCAUCGUGCACUGCCUGGCGGGAAUAUCGCGCUCGGCCACCAUCGCCAUCGCUUACAUCAUGAAGACCAUGGGCCUGUCGUCAGACGACGCCUACAGGUUUGUGAAGGACCGCCGACCCUCCAUUUCUCCCAACUUCAACUUCCUGGGCCAGCUGCUGGAGUUUGAGAAGGGCCUGCGUCUGAGGAAGGCCCUGUCUGCGGGGGGCGGGGCGAGGCCCCCGACCGAGUGGCACGAGGAGGAGGAGGCGGAGCCUAAGGCCCAGGAUACCAGCACCAGCCCCGCCCAGGGAAGCGGCCACGCCCUGCGGGACCCGGAGGUACAGGAGGCGGAGCUAAAGCCGGCCUCGCCCACGUCGCUGCAGCAGGGCCUCAGCGGCCUGCACCUGUCCGCCGAGCGCAUCCAGGACACCAACCGGCUCAAGCGCUCCUUCUCCCUGGACAUCCGCUCGGCCUACGCCCCCGCCGGCUGCCCCCUGGCCCCGCCCGCCCUGGCCGUCACCCCCGCCGACCAGGACUCGGAGGACGUGCCCAAGCUGUGCAAGCUGGACAGCCCGGAGGCCUGGCAGCGCCCCCCGGCGGGAGAGAGCCCGUGCCUGGCGGAGUCGCCCGGCUCGCUGGGGGAGACGCGAGCGCGGCAGCGGCGGAAAGGGAAGCCCGCGGGCAGCGCGGGCAGCUCCCCCACCCACCCGCUCGGCCUCAGCCUGGGCCGCGGGGGCACCGGGGGCGGGGACGGGGGCGGGGUCAUGCGCAAGAGCCCCAGCCUGGACGAUAACCUGAAGGCCUCUCUCCUGCUGGCGCUGCCCGGCGUGGGCGUGGGCGUGGGCACGGGCGCCGUCUGGACCAAGCACAGGGACCCGGCGCAGGCCUCCACCCCCGGCACGCCCACGGGGGAGGCGCCCUGGUUCUUCGGCGUGGACCCGUCCCCCGGCGGCGGGGGGGGCGGGCGCUUCGGGUCCGGCCCCGCCUACGUGGCGUUCGGCUGCGGCGGGCGGGCGGGCGGCCGCGAGGGCGUGCGGCUGCGGGAGAAGCCCCAGGAGCGGCGGGACGGGCGGGGCAGCUGGCACGAGGACGCGCCCGGCGGGGGCGGGGCCGCCGAUAAACAGUUCAACCGGCGCAGCUGCCAGAUGGAGUUCGAGGAGGGCAUGUCGGAGUCGCGCUCCCGCGAGGAGCUGGGCAAGAUCGGCAAGCAGUCCAGCUUCUCCGGCAGCAUGGAGAUCAUCGAGGUGUCCUGACGCUCCGGCCCACUCCGGGGAGGGUGGGCGGGGUCUGGGUGGGAAGGAGGAGGAGCUCGUUUCCUGUGCGUCUCCAGCGCGGUGACCCGCAGAAAGAGCGAAGCGGACUCGUGGGACGGCUCUGGCUGCGAAACGAUGCACGGCGAGAGCGCCCCCAUCAGGAAGCGCGCUGCGUUGCGGUUUGAGUUUCGGUGGCGCGGUUCCGUCAGCUUCCUGUCAUGUGGCGGUGUGACGGACUCGGCCGCCCGGGGCCUGAUGUGACUCUGACUCUGCCCUGCCCUCAGUGAUGAUACGUUCUGGUACUGAACAGAUGCAAUAUUCUUAGUGAGGGAAUCUCUACUCCCUUUAUCCUCGCGUACAUGAACUAUGAAAGAGACAUGCUGAACCACAGCACCCAACGCAAUGGACACAGAGACUGCACAUGAGUUCCGAAUGAGCAAAUGUGACUGUUUUACCCACAGUGCACCUCCCAGUGUUAACGAUGUCACGCCUGUGUGAGGUUCCAGAUGCUGCAGAUGUGCUCUGUGACGGGCGCUGCGUUGUUCUCAAGGUUUCUCCGACUCGAAGCGCGCACUGAGCAUGCUCAGAACCGCUGACUGUCAAACAGACUGAAGGACAGACACACAGGCUGCGUCCAAACAGCACUAAGCUUUAUAUGUACGUGCAUUAAGAAUUUUACUGCAAUUUCAAAUGUUUUUCUCCAUUAUAUUUUUAAUUUAUUUUAUCUGUUCAUUCUGGCAAUGAGAAAUAAUAUAAAUGUUUGUGGAUUUCUUUUUAGUUUUACUGUAUGGUAUUUAUAAAACACAAACAUGCACACACGUGAUACACAACGGCAAGCAAUACAAGGUGUUUCUCUCCUGUUUUCAUUUUUCCUCUUCUUCGCCUAUAAAUAUGUUCAUCUGACAGUUGGUGCACCUUCCUCCUGGUUUUUAAAAACAAAGUGAAUCCACCGCUCACAGAUGUUCCCAAAGCCUGACGCGAGCUAGCGCACCCCCAUGGUACAGCUGCUUCCUCCAGCCCCUCGUUAGCCUAAAUGAUUUCCCAAAUGCAGGUUUUAACCGUGCAUCUCUGCCCUUCUAGAAUUUUCUGCUGAGCGUUGUUCAACUAAAGAAGCAGAGAUGACAAAAAUGCUACGAUACCAUUAUUUUGUAUUGUGUUUACAGCUUUUGAGACAAUGGGGAGAGAUCACAGGGAUUUGGGAUUGUUCUCACUCUUUAAUUUGAAUCCCUGUGUUUUUAUUAACUUUAAGCUCAACAGGGUGAAACGGUAGGAGUCACAAAGCAAGCACUUCCUUGGGUUAUGCAUGGUUAUUAGUGUAGUGUUGAGGUAGUGGUGUAUUGAUAUACUGUAGGGGUGCCAGACCAGAAGUAAACUAGCCAUGUAAACGAAUGCAGUCAUUAGUUCCGAUUGGGCACCGACGUGUUGACACGUCACAGGCUUUUCAAAGAGCUUAGGGGCGAUCUCAGGUACAAGGGGUGUACACAGUUCAGUCCGAAAGCUGUGACCAUAGACGCUCAUUUACACAGCGGGAACUGAGACCUUGUUUCUGAGACUCCAGGACUAAAAGGAAUAUGGCAUUAAAACUGGGAAAAGAAAUCUGGGUACAUCUCUCUGCAGUACUUACAUCAUAUUCCUUCCCACAAUGCCUUGCCCUGUGUGAGCCACUGGAGAGGCAAAGUAAGCUCCCUUACACCAUGCACCCUACACUGCACCUCCCAGGAACAGAAGCUACAGUGAAGUUUGGUGAUCUCAGGGGAUCUUCAGUGAGCCAAGCCCAUUGCUGGGUAAUCUGAACACAUUAGCACAACAUAGGUCCCGCUGUCCCUUUCUCUCGCUCUCUUUCGCAUCCUCUUCCUCUCAGAAGGAAUAAAAAAAUCACGAGGAAAUGUUUGUUUGCGCAAACAUGAGUGGUAAUUGAGCACCUUGCGGUGGCCACAUUUUAACUUUUACUUUGGUAGCUCUUCUCCAUUGUGACCUUCGACCCCUUUGUGCUACUGUAAAUUCAGACCUGGAUUGACUGUGUUUUCUUUUCUGUGUGAGACUUUUCUCUUUCCUCUGAAUAUUUUUAAAAUAUUGUUAUUAUUUAAAACCUAUGUAAUGACAAGAUGCAGGCUGUCCUGAUGAUUAUAGUUGAUGUUAUUGAUGUUCAUUAUUAUUAUUAUUAUUAUUAUUAUUAUUAUUCAUAAUAAUAAUAUCUUGUACAUAGCAACGUAUAUAAAAAUGGAUGAAUCUAGAAACUUUUUAAAAGGAAAUUCAGAUACCUUAGGCUGCUUGAUGCAAAAUACCUCAGGUUCAUUUGAAAGGCUUUUUUUCUCCCCCUUGUACUUGUUUUGUGAAAAUGAAAACAGCAAAUAUAAGCAAAAAAAAAAAAAAAGACUUCCUCUCUGUUGAAUUUUUACCUUUAAACAUGUCUGACUACAUUUAAAAAGAACAUUU